CUCCGUCCAGGGCAUUUAAACCCUCUUGUGGGCGCUCCCCGCAGCUGCCAUCAGAGCCCUGCCCAAAGGGAGCUGGCCUUCCCACUUCGUGCUCCUGUGCUGGGGACCCGGGACGCCAGCACCCUCCCUGCCCCAGCCAGUGCUUUCCUCCCGGCCCAUGGGGACGCUGGUGGCCAAGCUGCUCCUGCCCACCCUCAGCAGCCUGGCCUUCCUCCCCACUGUCAGCAUCGCGGCCAAGAGGCAGUUCCACAUGGAGGCCAUGGUCUACCUCUUCACCCUGUUCUUCGUGGCGCUCCACCACGCCUGCAAUGGACCCGGCUUGUCUGUGCUGUGCUUCAUGCGUCACGACAUCCUGGAAUAUUUCAGUGUCUACGGGACAGCCCUGAGCAUGUGGGUCUCGCUGAUGGCACUGGCCGACUUCGACGAGCCCAAGAGGUCAACAUUGGUGAUGUUCGGCGUCCUGACCAUUGCUGUGCGGAUCUACCAUGACCGCUGGGGCUACGGGGUGUACUCAGGCCCCAUCGGCACUGCCAUCCUCAUCAUUGCAGCAAAGUGGCUACAGAAGAUGAAGGAGAAGAAGGGCCUGUACCCAGACAAGAGCGUCUACACCCAGCAGAUAGGCCCCGGCCUCUGCUUCGGGGCACUGGCCCUGAUGCUACGCUUCUUCUUCGAGGACUGGGACUACACUUAUGUCCACAGCUUCUACCACUGUGCCCUGGCUAUGUCCUUUGUUCUGCUGCUGCCCAAGGUCAACAAGAAGGCUGGAGCCCCGGGGGCCCCGGCCAAGCUGGACUGCUCCACCCUGUGCUGUGCUUGUGUGUGAUGCUGCGCCCAGCCCGGCUCUGAGCCCCUGCCCUCCCCAGCUCACACUCGGCCAGAGUCCCAGACAG